CACAGAGAGACCGGAGCUCAAGCCGAAGAGGACAAAGUACAGCCUGAUCCACAGCCAUGAGACAGGAGGUGUCCAAGCCCACUCCAGCAGCACGCCGCUGCUCGGACCUGGCCCGGCGGGUGUUGACCAUCGCCUUCGCCCUGCUUAUCUUGGGACUCAUGACCUGGGCCUAUGCUGCCGGCGUGCCGCUGGCCUCCGAUCGCUAUGGCCUCUUGGCCUUUGGCCUCUAUGGCGCCUUCCUCUCCGCACACCUGGUGGCGCAGAGCCUCUUCGCGUACCUGGAGCACCGGCGGGUGGCAGCUGGGGCGCGGCGGGCCGCGGCUCGGGGACCCCUGGAGGAGGCCACUGCCCGCAGCGUGGCACUGACCAUCUCUGCGUACCAGGAGGACCCCGCGUACCUGCGCCAGUGCCUGACAUCCGCGCGCGCCCUGCUGUACCCGCGCGCGCGGCUGCGCAUCCUCAUGGUGGUGGACGGCAGCCGUGCCGAGGAUCUGUACAUGGUGGACAUGUUCCGAGAGGUCUUUGCUGACGAGGACCCCGCCACCUACGUGUGGGAUGGCAACUACCACCAGCCCUGGGAGCCUGCGGCUGCGGGGGGCGUGGGCACCGGCGCCUACCGGGAGGUGGAGGCCGAAGAUCCCGGGAGGCUAGCGGUGGAGGCGCUGGUGAGGACGCGCAGGUGCGUGUGCGUGGCGCAGCGCUGGGGCGGCAAGCGCGAGGUCAUGUACACCGCCUUCAAGGCCCUGGGCGACUCGGUGGACUAUGUACAGGUCUGUGACUCAGACACAAGGCUGGACCCCAUGGCCCUGCUGGAGCUGGUGCGGGUCCUGGAUGAAGACCCACGGGUUGGCGCUGUUGGAGGGGAUGUACGGAUCCUCAACCCUCUGGACUCCUGGGUCAGCUUCCUAAGCAGCCUGCGGUACUGGGUGGCCUUCAAUGUGGAGCGAGCUUGUCAGAGCUACUUCCACUGUGUGUCCUGCAUCAGUGGUCCCCUCGGCCUGUACAGGAACAAUCUCCUGCAACAGUUCCUGGAGGCCUGGUACAACCAGAAGUUCCUGGGCACUCACUGCACUUUUGGGGAUGACCGACACCUCACCAACCGCAUGCUCAGCAUGGGCUAUGCUACCAAGUACACCUCCCGGUCCCGCUGCUACUCUGAGACGCCCUCCUCCUUCCUGCGCUGGCUGAGCCAGCAGACGCGCUGGUCCAAGUCCUAUUUCCGAGAGUGGCUGUACAACGCGCUCUGGUGGCACCGGCACCACGCGUGGAUGACCUACGAGGCGGUGGUCUCGGGCCUCUUCCCCUUCUUCGUGGCGGUCACAGUGCUGAGGCUCUUCUACGCUGGGCGCCCGUGGGCGCUGCUUUGGGUGCUGCUGUGCGUGCAGGGUGUGGCGCUGGCCAAGGCCACCUUUGCAGCCUGGCUGCGGGGCUGCCUGCGCAUGGUGCUGCUGUCCCUCUACGCGCCCCUCUACAUGUGUGGCCUCCUGCCCGCCAAGUUCCUGGCCCUGGUCACCAUGAAUCAGAGUGGCUGGGGCACCUCGGGCAGGCGCAAGCUGGCUGCCAACUAUGUCCCUCUGCUGCCACUGGCCCUCUGGGCUUUGCUGCUGCUGGGUGGACUGGUCCGCAGUGUGGCCCAGGAGGCCAGAGCCGACUGGAGUGGCCCUUCCCGGGCAGCUGAGGCUUAUCACCUGGCCGUGGGGGCCUGCGCCUACCUGGGGUACUGGGUGGUCAUGCUGACCGUAUACUGGGUGAGUGUGCGGAGGCUCUGCAGGAGGAGGACAGGGGGCUACCGCGUCCAAGUGUGACCCCCACUACGUGGCUGCACUGUCCAGAGUCUUCAGGAGAGGCAAGAGGAGACCUGGGGCUCUCCAAGUGCCACAGACUCCCUGGAAGGGGGUAUACACUCCCUCUCUGGGCCUCAAUUUACCCGCUCUGUGAAGUGAGAGGGUUGACCUAGACUUCAGUUUGCACAAUAUUGGGGCUGGAACUUCUGGAUUUCUGGGGAGGGGUAUUUAUUGGUCAGGGUGUAGGAUGUGGGAUGGUAAAAGGGCCCCGAUUUCUCCUUGUUCUUAUUGAAUCUGUUCGUACUGUGAUUAGGACAUAAUAAAGAAUAUUAUUUAUUUUC